AUGUCUCACGAUCAGAUCCCCCAGAUCUGGACGCGAGCCAUCACUCGGUAUGAGCGGAUCACCGAGAAGGCCCUGGAUUUGGCUUCUCUGCGGGAAUUAACGACUGUGGAAGAGCUGCUGGGAUCCAUCGAAACGGAGAAUAAGGCCUUUGGCGACUUCAGGGCUAAAAGAUCUCACAUCUUUUCCGCUCUGACAUCGGCCAUGCUUCCUAUCCAGCUGGUCGGGGAUCUGGCAUCGACGGGUGCCCAGAUUGCGUUCCCUCCUGCUGGGCUUAUUUUUAGUGCAGUUAAAUACCUGAUCAAUGCCGCUGGAGGGGUGUCCGCGAAAUAUGAUGCGAUAGUGGACUUGAUGGGGACUUUGAAGGAUUUCACUGUCCGGUUGGGUGUUUAUGCCAAGCAGCUGAUUUCCGACGCGCUACGGGACAAACUAACGGAUAUUCUGUCCACGAUGUUGGAGAUUUUCGCCAUUGCGCGGCAUCAGAUUGAACGUGGACGGCUUCUGACCUUUGGAAAGAACGUCCUCCUCGGUAAUGAUGAAGGCAAAGCCAUGAUAGACAAACUGAACGCCCUGAUGGACAGUGAAAGGAAUCUUACUGGUGCUGAGACCUUGACAGAAGUUAAAGUGGCUAACACCCGGAUCAAAAGGGUGGACAGCAACAUUGAAAAGCUUGUCCAACAUAUGAAUAAUAUGGGCCUAUCGCAGAUGCAGACCGAGCAAGCGCAGGAGAAAAGAAAUCGCGACCAUGUGAAACGAGUCCUGCAGCCGACAACCAGUGCCGAUGACCGAUACACCGCGAUCAAUAGAAGUCGCACACACGGCACAGGGGACUGGAUACGAGAAGAGAAGGUUUUUCGAGAUUGGCUGAGCCGAGUCAAACCACUUCUCUGGGUGACCGGCACACCUGGUGCCGGAAAGACGUAUCUGGCGUCUAAUAUCAUAACGUACCUCAAACAGCGAUUCCCUCAAAAUGUGCAGCAUCCGUCUCACGUCUCCGUUGCUUACUUCUUUUUCAAAGAUGAUGACCUGAAGACGCGGUACCUGCAUCAGGCGCUGCGUGAUAUUUCAUUCCAAAUAGCCCAGAAUGAUCCCAUGUACACAAAACAUAUCGUUUCGUGCGUUGAUUCCCGGGAGGACAUCGCAACGCUGCCCAGUCUCUGGCAAAAGCUGUACGCUGAGUUCUUUCUCGCGAAUAAUGCGUUGGAUAGUAGCGUUUACAUCGUCUUGGAUGCGCUUGACGAAGCGUUCGCGGAGGACCGCUUGGAGUUGUUCGAAAUGCUUAAGGAUAUUCAGCAGGGAGGAAGGCUGCAGUUUCUCAUGCUAGGCCGGCCACAUAUUGACGAGGAGAUCGACCAGAUCGUAGAAGCCUUAGCCGGGCCGGCUAUUUAUGUCUCUGAUUUGAAUAACUCGGAGGAUAUUGUGCGGUAUAUUAAGAGCAGCAUCUCGAAGUCGGUUUAUCUUAAACGGGCUUCGAAGGCGUUGCAAUUGGAAAUAGUGGACAGAUUAUCUGCCGGGGCUCAGGGGAUGUUUAUAUGGGUUGACUUCAUGCUCAAAGAGCUCCUCAAGAAGCGGGACGAAGGAAGCAUGCGGAGAGCACUGGAUGAAGCACCAAACGGCCUGUCCCAGAUGAUCCGACACGUUCUGAAGGACAUAUCAGAGAGUCUAAAAAACUCGCCUCAAUAUGCAGAGGACCUGAAUGAAAUGCUCGCCUGGGCUACCUGUUCCACGUCGCCGCUCAGAUUGGACGAAAUGGAAAGCGUCGUCAAAUGGCGCUCGGAAUCUGGGGACGGCUGGAUCUGGCUCGAGGGAGAUCUACGGAGGCAGUACGCUUCGCUCUUUCUCCUCAACCGGAAGGAUGGCUUGACGACGACAGAACUUCAACGGAGAGCAAUAUAUAUGGGACAAGUAGAUACUCACGACUCGGAGAUUGGGUUUGAGGACUUGGACAAUCUGCCUGAUUUCAACUCCGAUCCGAAGACAACAUAUGUGACGCUGACGCAUGCCUCGCUGGGAGACUUUUUCAGGAGUGAAUGGAACAGUCCGAUAUCUGCGGAUGGCUGCCCACCGAUUGGAGUCAGUUUCCAUGAAGCGAAAGUAAUGCUAUUCAAACGAUACUAUGAAAUUAUCUCUUGCCCAGAGGACUCCUCAAGAAGCGAUAUUGCAAAUGUACUCCUGUUCCGAGCUAGCAGUUCGGUCAUCCCAGCCCUCAAGGCCAUGGACAUUCAUCUAUGCAGCAAAGCCGACAAACAAACCAUUGGAAUCUAUCUGGCAAGGCUUCUUUUUGACGAGUGGGCGAUGCCCAGGUUUGUCAUGUUUACCGGUAAUGUGCCUCUCCUAGAGGACAUCCGGGACCUGUUUCUGACCUGGCUAAGCAAUUCCGAUGUGCAGGAGGCGUUGCCACCGGUCGGGAAGGGGUGGUAUGACUCGUUUGCCUCUGGCGAUAGCAACGAUAUUUUUCUCCCCGCUAUCCGCUACAUUGCCAGGAGUUGGCUGGGGGAUGCGGCUUCGACGUCGAAUGGACAUAACAUUUGCAAGUUCGUCCACGAUUACCUUCAUGCCCGCGGGACCUCUGGAGUGAAGUCUAUUGAAUCCGCGGGAGUCGUGGUUGAAACAGCAGAGUGGUGUGGUUUUGAGAAGACUGCGAUUUGGCAUCGACGCCUCGCUAUGGCGCUGAGAGACCUUGGCUUCCUUGAUGAAUGUAUCGAGUACUUUCAGAAGGCGAUUCAAUUAGGAUCGACAGCUGACGGUUGGCUUACGCGUGCUGAAAUGGCCACAGCAUAUAUUCGCAAGAAGGAAUACCGAAAGGCGGCCGAGGCCCAGGAAAUUUGCAUGCAGCUGUUGGACAAGGGCGAACAACCGUUCCCAAACGAUAGCCAUAAAAGCGAUGGUCAGGUGCACCGCGUCUUAGAGUCCCUCGGACUCUGCUAUAACCAGCUCGGAGAAUUUGAGAAGGGAUUGUCCCUUUACAGAAAGGCUUUUGGGUACAACAAUCGGUGCAACACCUGUGUUCGUGCAAUCUUAGCAUAUCUAAACAUGGAGGGAAGAUACACGGAGAGCAUGGACCUGCUGCAGGAAAUGGACGAAAAAAUCCCCGAGACCGACUUCACACGCCUAUCGGAAUGUCUGAUGACCAACUCCGAACUAUCCGACGCUUUUACACACUGGUUCUCAGCGGCGGCGUACCACACAUCCAACACAGCCUACAUGGUCAAUGCAUAUGCGAGUGCUGCCAUGGUUGCAUUUCGCAAGGCUAAAACCGUCCAGGCUGCAAAUCUCGAACUCUGCAGGGGCGUCUUUCUCCAGAUCUAUGAACACGACUCUUCACGCGCUGCGCGGGUGUGGGAGGGACUCAUCAAUACCUACCGUGGGAAGAGAUCUGAUGGAGAGAUUACCCCUGUGCUGGAGACUGCGUCUAAUUUUCUGGCGACUCACUAUCUAACUCAGGCUAUGGAAGUGGGAGUUGAUACAGUCGAGGGCCGGAGAUACGGCGAGAUGCUGGAAUUACUCGCGCAGGGAAGAGCUCUCUAUGUCAGUGAUAUCACAAACCCACAGGAACCGGAGAAGAAUCCUCCCCAUGCAGACCGGUUCGUGACUAAUUCGGAGGUCGGGUUGAUCAUGGGGAAUUACUACAGACUUUCUGAUCGGAACAUCGAGGCGAUGGCCUGCUACACGGCACAAGUCAAGGAAUGUAUUCGGCUUUUGAGCGACAAUGAUCCGUUGAAUGAUGGAAUGGCAUUUCGGCGACUUGGGGGUGUCUUGGCUGGUGUGGGUGACAAGGAGGGCGCAGUCACAAUGUGGCAUCAGAGUUACUCACUCGCGAAAUAUGAUAAUGACAGCAAUGGUGAGAAUGAGGAGUUGGUCGAACAGUCUAUCAUUUGCAGGGGAUGUCACAGGUCUGUCGAAAUCAGCAAUAUCUCAAUCUGCCGAUAUUGUCACAACGUUAUACUCUGUGUGACGUGUUUGCAACUGCGGAGGAGCGGAAGUCUUGCAGUCAAUAUCUGCUGUCAAAAACAUGACUGGAUUCUGCUUCCUCCCCUACCAAAGAGCCUUAGACAGCGUGAUGAAGGGCAGAAGGAUAUGGUGUUUGUGGAGGAUCAUUGGAUCAGGCUGGACGAGCUUAAACAUCAACUGAUGCUGAAAUGGGGCAUCAAAUAA